AUGGCGAACCAGGAGAUCCCCAGAGCAGAAUUUGGGGCAAUUCUAACUCAUAGGAAUCAGGCCAUCCGCCAUCACCGAGUCGUGGAUAGUUGCAUUCUGGAGGGGGGAAAAGUUCAUCAAAGGUAUGAGGCCAAUCGACAAGGAACUGGCGAAAAACGGCUUGCGCUAUGGCAGAGAAAGGACGUAGCGUCUUUGAAGCAAAGGAUCAGGUACUGGUACUACCUUACCCCAGCCCAAACUCCCCUGGUGCCAUCCCUUCGACUUCGCAUCUUGAUAGACAAGCUCCGCUGGCCAUGCCAGUUUGACCCGCGCGACAUCUGCGGCGAUGUGUUGCACUGCUUAGCUCUGGGUGACCGAACGGGUGUCUUGAUGGCGGUCUGUGUAAGACGUGAAGAAUUCAAUGGUGCCGAACUGUUGCGGAAUGAACAAUUGAGCACGCGGGCACACGAUUGCAAGGACGGACGAGCCUCCGAGAAAGAAAUAUGCGUUUAUGUGGACUUGCACAAUUCUCGCUUCGACGCUUUCUGUCAUUUUCUGGCUUUCGGCUACUGCUCACGGAAAAUGAUAAGGGGAGAAGAAUUACAUAAAGAGGCUAAAUCUUGUUUGCACGGAGUUUUCGGCUUUAAUCUUAGGAGGAACAUCCUUUUUGACAAACGACUUAGUGUUGGGAUCUACCUCUACUUCUCCGAGCUAGAUGAGCAGCAACAUAGACGCGGAGGUCGUUCUCCGGACCUCAAGUCGACCGCUGCAGAGUUAGAGGGCGACGAUGUCGGUUUCAUGCUUAGAACCGAAGAGAAUUGGGCGCCGGACCGAUAUCGUAUCGACUGUAUCCUUGACAUCGUCUGGGAAGCGAGCCUAAGAAAGCUUCGGGAAGGAGAUGAAGGUGCACAGAGAGAAAAGAUUGCACUGCUGAUCGACGGCAACAACUCCGGGGCUCAGCCAACUUUCCGGGAAUUCCUUGGAGGCCUAACCGCACAAGAGCUGUAUGAAGAACUCAGGAAGCAGCGAUAUGAAGAUGACGACGAGGCCCCUAUUGUUAAUGCUGACCGGAGAUUGAUCUAUAUUUCUAAUCUGGAUGCAUGGGGCAUUCUCGCACUUGUUGGAACUGCACCGGAAUCUCUCUCUCGGCUUUUGGGCGACUUCAUGAUCAACUAUAUAUGUGCAAGCCCGUCAAUCGGAGUUUCGUUUUCUACUGAGGGACCAGAGACCUUCACUAUGCAAUUUUCGCUGCCAUUCCGUGUAUGGAGAUCUAACAAUGGCUUGAUGAGUGACAAUCGUCAAAAGAAGCCUUCAGGAGAGCCACUUCGAGCGUCGAGAAAUGCCACGUUCUUGAGGUACCUAGGGCAGUGUGAAGGACUUCCGAACCACACGGACGGCAUUUACGCUACUACAAUGAGUUGUAUGGUCACUGGUUAUGACCAAUGGCGUUGGACCGGGUUGGUUCUCCUGGAAACAUGGUUUGAUGAGAUACUUGAUGACCCGUCGCCGGAUAUGAUAACUCGCUACGAAAACGAUUUCCAGGAUGGAAUGAUCUCAGAUCCUCUGUGCAGAGGAAAGGAUGAUGCGACUAGGACUGAGUGGUCUCCUCGGCCUUACUUCAUUCGUGUCCUCGAAAUACGGAUUGUACAGAUUUAUCGAGAGUGGACUUUCCUUUUCGCGAGACUUGACGAAAGAUUAAAAGCCAUAACCAGGCGACAUAAGGAUUUGAUUACACGUGCCCGAGUGCCAGCGAAAGAGCCACGAGAGUUCCAAUCGAGACAGGCUCAGAUCCUGCGGGAGUUCGAUGAGUUUGAAAGGGGCUUCAGUGAACUGAGAGACAUUCUGGAGGAGCUUGCGCAAGAUUUGAAAGAGACCGUCAGAAGCGGCGAAUCCUUCAUGAAUACAGACGUCCGCUAUUUCAUUAACUAUGAUGAAUCAGAAGACGCGUCUCUUUGUAUUCCACACUUGACGCAAAUCCGGAACACGUUCAAUAUCCUCGAGCAACUAGGAAUGAGACUCAGGGAUAUGCAGCAAAAGUGUAGAGACCUGAUGGAUGAGGCCGUCUCGGCGCGAAAGAUUUAUCGUGUUCAACUUGCGCCCGUAGCACCAUCUAGCCAUGUGCAUCUCUUCGAGCCUCGCGUGCUGGCAUGGAUUACGAUUCUUACUCAACCGCUCAUCAUCACGGCUGCCAUUUUUGGAUGCGAUGACAUCGUCACAUUCAAGCGGAACUGGCAAAAUUUUAUCAUCGUAAUGAUCGUGAUAACUGUUAUGUUGGUCAUAAUAGUACUCUUUGUUCUAAGAUUGGCCAGUGGUCAAUGGUUGUUUCAAACGACGAAGACUUGUUCUGAUCAUACGGAAGAUGGCCGUUAUGCAGGUGAAGGAACACGCGACAACAUAGGGAGAGAAUGGGAGCAACAGUCAGCACCACGAAGAACAUUCUUUACCGGGUUGGUUGACAGGGUUCAAGUUCAGGACAUUAGAAGGACCAUGGCCGGAACGCCUAGCGCCAGGGGCCAAGUAAUGGAGCUUGAGGAGGCGAACCCGACUUGAUACACUCUCCGUCCUUAGGGGUCAGAGAAGGUGAGAGUUGGUUGCGGAAACAUGAAAGCAAUAUUAAAGCAGC